AUGACUCAUUGGUAUUUCUGGGUUAACCCCACCCCCACGAAUUUUGCGUGCAUCUCAUCAACAAUUACUAGACUUGAAGAAAGGGGACUACUGCUGUCCUUGGCAAUUUCGUUGGUUAAUGGUGUUCUUGAUGAACUGAAAAGUUUGCAGUCUGAUGCUUACUAUGGUAAACUGAGUAACGUGUUGUACAAAAACAAGGGAUUUGAAAAGCUGAAAAAAGUCAGUCAGAUAAUGUCUGGUGAUGCUAUUAUUGACGAGACGCUAAGAGACGUUCAAGCGGAUGUGAAAAAGCGACUUGUUUAUCUUAGGUCACGAUACCCGUCCAUCAUCGCCCUGUCGUCCGAGUUUGUGUCGUUGGUUGAACAGGAGAUUCCCGAAGGCUGUCAAUCUCUCUCCGAUUCUCUUGCUAAAAGAGAGAAAGUCGCGGCUUAUUGUAUCGAGAACUUUGCCAAGGCAAUCGUGAGGAUUGAAUCAACUACCAUGGUCAUCAUGAGUGUUUUCUCAACAACAAAUAUAACCUGCCAGAGACCCCAGGCUGAUAUAACCUGCCAAGGACUACCCCAGGCUGAUAUAACCUGCUAGACACUACCCCAGGCUUAUAUAACCUGCCAGAG